AUGUCGUCCAGAGCAGCAUCUUGGGACAUCCACCAACAAAAGACACUUGGUUAUGGAGUUAAGAUUGGUGAUCUCUACUACUUGGACCUCAAAUGCAACAUUCCUUCUUCUCGGACUUGCACCUCUGUUCGUGACUCCUCCCUUUCCUCUCAAGGGGAGAUUGUCUAUGGAGGAGAAGUCUCAAUUCAUAUUCCAGUAACUUCUGCAGCUUCUUCUCUCGGCCCAAGGCUCCAAGAAACAGAACCAGAACAUGAAACACAAGCAGCAUCACCAAUCUUAACACCUAUGACUGAAUCAGCUUCUUCGGAUGUCCCAAAUACUACAAUUCCCAGGGACAAUGAGUCUCUCUGGAGGGCUUACAAAUUGCUGGCAGAACUGGAAAUCUUUGGAAAUAUACCAAACUGGAUACCGCAAAGUGCAACGGCUCUCCAAUUAAGGUCCAAUCAAUUCAGUGGUACUAUUCCACCACAGAUAUGUCAAAGGCCUUCCCUCAUUAUUUUGGAUUUUGCAGAUAACAAAAUCUCAGGGCAUAUACCCAACUGCCUGGAUAAUAUCACAGCCUUAAUUUCCAACAAUGCUUCUCAGAGUAAGCUUGCUUUUUACUUUGAUUUUCAAAGUAUAUAUUUCUACUUUGGAGACAGUCUUGAGUUGGUUACAAAAGGUCAAGGAUCAGAAUAUGCAAAAAACCUCCACUUUAUGACCUUAAUUGAUCUUUCAAAUAAUGAUCUGUAUGGAACAAUACCUCCACAAAUGUUUAGCCUCAUUGGAUUACACUCCUUGAACUUGUCCCACAAUAAGUUAAUGGGAAGCAUGCCAAAUGAGAUUGGCAACAUGUACAACUUGGAGUCCCUUGAUUUUUCAACAAACCAACUUUGGGGUGAAAUUCCUCAGGGAAUGUCCAAUUUAUCUUUUCUCAGUUACUUGAACCUGUCAUUCAACAAUCUCACAGGCAAAAUACCAUCAGGAACACAACUUCAGGGGUUUAGUGCACUCAGCUAUAUUGGCAAUCCUAAUCUUUGUGGAUCUCCGCUUACUAAAAACUGCUCAUCGGACACUAAAUAUAGAGAAACAAAUCCUAUGGAUGAACAUCAGGGUGAAUCUGAAUUUUUAUCAUGGUUCUAUAUUGGCAUAGAAUCUGGAUUUGUCACUGGCUUUUUGGGAGUUUGUGUUCCCAUUUUCUUGAAUAGGAAAUGGAGACACGCUUACUUCAACUUUCUUUAUGACACGAGAGACCGGCUUUAUGUCAUGAUGGCCAUCAAGAUGAACUCCUUCCGUUGA